UUUAUGAAUGGUUUUUAUAGCAUGAAAUUAAUUUUUCAGUUUGUUUAAUGAUAAAAAACGUGUUUUUCAAUUACUAGUUUAUUAAUUGAGUCAGCUGAGGAUAACACACUGGUACUGUAAGGGAGAUGAAGAUAAAUCGCGUAAGAACAAUAAAUUAAUACAGUCAAUUAAAAUUCAAAAGUCUAGCUCAACUACAUCAUUAUUACAACAUCAAUAUUGAGGUAUGUGCUUGUUCGUGUAUGUAACCGAACGUUUUCUUAGUCAUACAUUGUAAUGUAUAAAUGAUCCGGAGAAUGAUCACCGGCAUGCGCUUUGAAUAUUAGUCACAUCCGGAUGUUAUGCACUUAAGACGGCGGGAGAAUGUGAAUUGAUUUCUAAUUCAGCCAUUGACAUUAUACAGAGAUGGCGGAGACAUAUGGCGACGGAGUUUCCAUAGUUCCGGAAGUAUGUGACGAUGCAGUAUCCAUAGUAACUAACACCACAAGGAACAGUGACGAGACUGGUGAUCUAAAGUCACCGUACAAGUCGCUUCUCGGCCUAAGGAUGCUAGAAAAUAAAAGAGUUCUUCAAACGGAUAUCACAGAUAAAACACUAUCCCCUGUGUUGCCCGUACAGACAUCAACAUGGUCUCGUAAGGUGGACCAUUCGGUCGCGGAAGAUUCGGACGACGAUUCAGUAAUGUCGGAGUCAUUACUUCGACAAACACAGCAUAUCAAUAAUCCUAAAUCUGUAUCAGAGGACCAGGCGUCCCAGCUACUUUUUGAUGAUACCCAGAGUUCUUGUGACCACAGUGGAACAUUACCCAUCCAAUUUGUACGACCAGAUUGUCAGGAUUCUAUUGUGUCCCCUGUAAACCGUAUCUCGCCUAACUUGUAUACUCAUAGCCCUGGUCUGUCCUUUGGUGAUGGAGUUGGUACAAAGGUGUUUGAAUCAGUGGACCAAGAGGACCGCUUUGUGAAGUCUAAUAGUCCUCAAGCCAAAAUGUGCCGCCCGUAUAGCUCUCAAAGCUCAGGAGAAAUCCACUCGAGAAGCACUCGGAGCUCAAGAGAAAUUCUUGAUUCCGCUGCCAAAACUUUCAAGCCGAGGAGCACUCCCAGCUCAGAAGAGGUUGGUAGGCCAUCAUCCAAAGCCUUCCACGCGAGUGCCACGCAGAGCUCAAGAGAGGGGCACAUUCAGGCGACCAAGGUAUCACAUUCAAGCUCCGAUGAUCAGGCUAAAAGGGCACAUGCCGGGAGUCCCCAGAAUUCCGGAGAAUUUGACAGUGAACAGGACAAAGUGUAUCACGCAACUAGCACUCGGAGCUCGGGAAAUAACAACACGAGAGGCAGGAAACUGGGUUCAUGUCAUGAGCAGUCAAUGACUGGAGAGUUGCCUGGGAAAUGCCAGCGUAUUGACACACUGGAUGUUUUAGAUGACAAAGAGGAAAAACAAAUAUUUGCGCCGCAAAAAGGACAUGAAAGUCAGUCAACCAUAUCACCACACGACAGUAGCCCUGCAGUAGAGCAUGACCGAGAGGAAGUGAUAUUCAAAAGGAUCGUCAAGCAGCAAGACUAUGUUGACAAACAACUGCGCAAAUCGAGUCUUCAAGGAGACGUUGAAAAAAUAAAGCAACACAUGGACACACUUCAAUCACUGUUGCGACAGCUUAGCAACCAGCACAAGUGUUACAGACACCGCUUGACCGCCGACGUACGGUCCACUUCCAAAACAAAACAGGAUAGGUUCCGACACAAGCGCGAGAUCGAACAACUCGGAAAACGACAAAAACAGCUGAUCCAACUGGUCCAAAGGCAAAAGACGCUGAGUUCCAGAAUAAAAGAUAUCGAACAAAGAAAUGAUGGUUCAGGAUAUCAGACUACAACCACGAGUUUGUCACAGAACCUUAAUCAUCAAGCGAGCCAAAAAACUGGGUCAAGCCAGAUGACAGUUACUCCACCGAACUCUAAGGAAAAGCGCGUGCAGGACACACAGUCAUCUAGAUCGUCUCGUCUGACCUCAGAAUCAUGCUCACAAAGUUUGCUACUUAGUUAUACCAGUAACAUUCCUGUGAACCAAAACACGGAAAAGAUGUCGCUGCCGACAAAGAGCUUCGCCAAUAGUUCCUUGAUAGAAAAUGGCAGUGUAGAAAGACCGGUGCCGAGACAGGGCGGCACUGGUACAGUCUCGGCAAACCCGUUUGUCGAAUCCUCCUUUUUUCAACAAAAAACAAGUGUAAUUCAAACCCAUCCUCGUCAGAAAACGAUUACGACCUCAAUGAUUAAUUCGUUUGACCCGGAACAGCCAAGUACCUGUAUUGAAGAAAGAUCUUCGUUAGGGUCCUGUACACAUGUUGAGACCAGGUCUAAGACUCCAGCACAGCCAGGUGAUCUUGUUGGGAAAUGUUUUACAAUACAGUCAAGUGCCAAUGUAGAGGAAUGGCCUGCUCCAGCACAGAACAACCGACCUAUUCCUGUUUCUAACCGUGGUGGGACCUCUCCACGAGCUCAUAAGCUAACUGCUAUGAGUAAGGCUGGAUUGAAUAGACAGCACUUCGAUUGCAAUGGAACGCCAAAAAAUGUACUGCCGAAUAUGACGUCAAAAGAAACAUUUUCACGGACUGUUAAUUAUCCAAACAUUCGUACCUUGUAUACAAAGACCAACGCUCCAGAUCAAGGUAUCAAGCAAACCUCUGGAAAGCUCAAGGUCAUUUUAGUUCCUCCGCCAUUAAGAAAACCACAAUCAAACACUUCUGUUAUAAAUUCCAGUUCCCCACCUCCAUCUCAGCAUCAAAUUAUGUCACACGGUCCUAUGUUCAAAUCUCCACCUCUGCCGAACACCACUGAUGUUGAUAACAUAUCACCAAGUACUGCAUCGUGUAGCGACGUGUUUCCAGUCAAAUCAUCGGAAAUCAAUAGAAGAAUACAACAAAGACGACUUUUAGCUGAAAGUCAGAAGAUGGAGAUUGAAUGCGAAGUUCCUGUUCCGGUGUUAAAGCCUCAUAUUGGUCCUUACACCAAACAUAUCGAAGAGGAUCAAAGGACAACAGCGGAGGAGUUCCGGGUAAGUGAGGAGCAGUCUGAUCAGAAUGGCAGCAUUCCGGUACAGACAAAAUAUCCACCUCUUAGAACUCUGAUAGAGCGCGGUGCUCUCGUGCCUGAAAAUGAUUGCCUUGUCACAGAAUCUAAGAAGAAUGGUCGGUACAUCGGGAGCCUUUUGCACUCUGGGUUGAUAAGAGGACAUGGAGGUGAAGUGUUUAAAACCCCUGUCCAGUGGGUCUCCGCUGUCAAUGAUGGCGUACUGGUGAAAAAGAGUCGAGCUUACAGAGAGGUUUUCUAUCAUGGUCAACCACUGCUGACCUUUGUCAAUCCAGGUCCUACGUCUGUAAUAGAUUUGACCAAGGCUAACGAGGAACCAGAGAGUAACAGAGCAUAUGACGGGGUAAUGAGUAACGACGCUGUUUCAAAAAAGCAGGCACCGUUUGAUUUGGAAACCCUUCUUAGAAACUGUACAGUGAGAUUAAUCUCCGACGAAGAAAUCGUGCCAUCUUCAGAUCUUCCUGAAAACUUCUGGAAUGACGACUUUUGUAAUGUCAGACUCCCCCAAAGUUUACAGGAACAAAUAGACUGUUGGUAAUAGAAGCCUCUAUCAACGCCGGAUUGAAAGGUGUAAGGAGUGUUAAUUAUGUCUCCCCUUCGAAUGAAGGGAG